AUGCUCGAAGCGACUGCGGCGUGCGAUCGGCAAAGACACUUUACGCUCAGCUUACCCAAGAUCGAAUUGCACGCACACCUCAAUGGCAGCAUCCGGCGCAGCACACUUGACGCGCUCGCUGCUGCUCACGACAUUGACGCUGCCAGUACUGGCAUCAUGUCGCGUUGGCCAUCGACGCUGUCGGAAGCAUUCGAUGUGUUCCGCCUGAUCCACGAGUGCGUGUCGACGCUUUCGGAUGUCGAGAGGAUAGCGUUCGAGCUCGGCCAAGAUCUGGAACGCGAUGGUGUUGUGUAUGGCGAGAUCCGCACUACGCCUCGUGAUCUAGACGCUAAGGGGUGGGAUGGAUAUGUCAAAGCUGUGCUGCAUGGAUUUGAGCGGUAUACCAAGCAGGGUGGGAGUGUGAUUUUAAAGUUGCUCCUCUCGAUCGAUCGUGCCAAGCACUCCGCAGACGAUGCUAUGGCUGUAGUGCAGCUCGCCCACCGAUAUCGUCAACACGCAGUGGUGGGAAUCGACCUUUCCGGCGACCCGACCAAAGCCGAGUUUUCCACCUUCCUUCCAUCGCUCUCGUACGCUCGAACACUCGGCCUCAAGAUCACCCUCCAUGCAGCCGAGGUUCGCAACGAUGACGAAUUCUCACAAAUGCUACACUUCGCUCCGCACCGUUUCGGUCACUGCUGCUUCGUCUCGCGCUCGAACCUCGCCGCACUCAAACAAUCCAAGAUCCCGAUAGAACUGUGUCUCACCAGCAACCUCCUCUCCAACUCGAUCCCCAGCGGAUCACUAGCCGACCACCAUUUCGGUAUCCACUAUCAACCUCAAGACGCACAAGACGCACAAGAGCAUGUAGACAACACCACCAUCUGCUGCAUCUCCACCGACGAUAGCGGUGUAUUCGGUAGUCCACUCUCGAACGAGUACCGCUUGGUGAUGGACAACUUCAAGUUGACCGAAAGCCAAGUGUUCGAUCUCGCCAGGAGGACGUUGAAAGCCACGUUCUUGGACCAACCGCCGUUCAAGAGCGCCGUGCAGACCGAGCGCAAUACGAGCGAUUGGCAACGUGUGCAGAGUCGGUUCGACCAAUUUCAACGUACUUGGAGGUGGCAGUGA